AUCAUUGUCAACUGUGAACUGUCAAGUGCCAAAAUAAAAACAGAUAUUAUUCGUGUUUUGUAGAGUGUUUCUGUGUUAAUUAUCUAAUUUCAAUUGAUUUAUUGAAGUAUGACUUUUUUAAUCAAUGAAAAACAGCCCGGGCAAAACUCUUAAAUUGUUCAGUGAUAUUGUAAAACUUCAAAUAGUGAAAAUUUCAAGGUUCAUCAACGCUCUUCCUGUUUGUCGGUAUUGUGAUUGUGAUAGGGUUAUGUUCUAACAAAGAUUUGACGUUUAGCAACUAGAAUUUAUUUAUUGACUCACCACUGUGACUCAUAACACGAAUCUAAUGAUAUAAAACAUAUAUCUCAACUUUACCAAUAUUUUGAUUGUAAUUCAAUGAAUCGUCUUCAAUUAUGGUUUACCACUGGCAAUCUCACAAUGUCAAGCUAUCAGGAGUCGAUGACAUGGUUCUUCUGCCAAAAGUAUCUCAGGAAGCAAUUGUUGAAAACCUUAGAAAGAGGUUUAUGGAUGAUUACAUCUUUACUUGUAUUGGUCCAGUAUUGGUGUCAGUCAAUCCAUUCAAACAAAUGCCUUACUUUGGAUCGAAGGAGAUUGAUAUGUAUCAAGGAGCUGCUCCAUACGAAAACCCGCCACACGUGUAUGCACUUGCAGACAAUAUGUUCCGAAAUUUGACGAUAGAUAACGAAAGUCAAUGUGUGAUAAUAAGUGGAGAAUCCGGAGCUGGAAAAACAGUUGCUGCCAAAUACAUCAUGUCGUAUAUUGCGACAGUAUCAGGAGGUGGUCAGAGAGUUCAGAAAAUCAAGGACGUAAUCCUCGAGUCGAACCCUCUACUUGAGGCAUUUGGAAAUGCAAAAACUCUCCGAAAUAAUAAUUCCAGUAGAUUUGGGAAAUAUGUGGAAAUGCAAUUUGGUGCUGGUGGUCAACCUGAAGGUGGAAAAGUCUCAAAUUUUCUCCUGGAAAAGUCAAGAGUUGUAUUGCAGAAUAGUGGUGAACGUUCUUUCCACAUAUUCUAUCAAUUAUGCUGUGGUGCUGAUGAAAAAACCAAAAAAGAACUGGGCUUAGCUCAUAUGAACUAUUACAGUUACCUAAAAGGAGGUGGGAGUCAUGUAGUUGAAGGAACCAAUGAUUCUAACGAAUUUAAGGAGACUUUGAAAGCUAUGAAUGUGAUGGGCUUGACCAAGCCAGAACAAACGUCCAUAUUCCAAGUGGUCUCAGCCGUUCUCCACAUUGGAAACAUCACGUUUAUUGAGAAAGGAAAUUACGCAUGCAUUCAGGACAAUGCUUCACUGGAAUACCCCUCAUUCCUGUUGGAAGUGAAAACGGAGCAUUUAAAAAGCAAACUGCAAAGUAGAAGAUUCGAAGGCAAGUGGGGUAAAACGGAUGAUAGCAUAGAAGUAACGCUCACUAAAACUCAGGCCGAAUACACUCGAGAUGCUUUGGCCAAGGCUCUCUAUGCCAGGCUAUUCGAUAAAUUAGUUGAUACGGUGAAUAUGGCGAUGAAAACGAAACAGCAGGGCAACAAUAUUGGAAUCUUGGACAUCUAUGGCUUUGAAAUAUUCCAGCAGAACGGAUUCGAACAGUUCUGCAUCAACUUUGUCAACGAGAAGCUGCAGCAGAUCUUCAUUCAGUUGACGCUCAAAGCUGAACAGGAAGAGUACAUAGCAGAGAACAUUCGAUGGACGCCGAUCGACUACUUCAACAACGCCAUAGUGGUGGGUCUGAUGGAGCAUCGCUCUCCGCCCGGCAUAUUCAGUAUACUCGACGACAUAUGCGCCACUAAGCAUGCCGUUACUAGCGGCAUUGAUGACGAUUUCCAUAAGAAAUUGAACAAGGAAUUUACAAAACAUCAGCAUUAUGGACAAACAACAGACGGGUUCACCAUUCACCACUAUGCUGGCUCGGUCACCUACAACGUCGAAGGAUUCUGUGAUAAAAAUAGAGAUGUGCUUUUCACAGAUUUGAUUGAACUCAUGCAAGAUAGCAACAAUGCAUUCAUCAGAGAACUGUUCACCGACUCGGUGCCAAAUGAUACGAAAACCAAGUCGAGGCCGAGCACAGCCGGCAACAAGAUUAGAAGUCAAGCAAAUAUGCUGGUCAAUCGGUUAAUGGCUUGUACUCCUCAUUAUAUUAGGAUUCUUUUCAUCGGCAGGUAUGCAAUCCUGACUAGAGAGACAUGGCCGCAUUGGAGGGGGGACGAGAAGGAUGGCGUCCGUCAUAUUCUGAAGAGUGUCAACCUCGACCACAACAAUUACCAGCUGGGCAUUACCAAAGUAUUCAUCAAAGCUCCUGAAUCGCUUUUCCUUCUGGAAGAACGACGUGACAGGAAGUUCAACUUCUAUGCAAAAAUAAUCCAACGCGCCUUCAAAAAGUACUUCGCCAGACAACAGCGAGAGAGACAGAAAGAGGAAGCGGCCAAUAUACUGUUUGGGAAGAAAAUGAGACGAAAAUACUCUUUGAAUAGAAAUUUUAUGUGCGAUUACAUUGGGGUCGAGAGUAAUCCUGGCUUGCUGUCGCUUAUUGGACCGAGAGAGAAGAUAUUAUUCGCCGAAGUGGUCAAGAAGUAUGACAGAAAGUUUAAGGUAUCGAUGAGGGACCUGAUUCUAACGCCGAAGGCACUCUAUCUGAUUGGACGCGAAAAAGCUAAGAAGAAGAACUUGUGGAGUCAAUCAGAGUACAUCGAAGUGGUUAAGAGAAAAAUAGAGUUUGAUCAAAUCGCUGACGUAACAAUGAGCUCUCAACAGGAUGACUUCGUCAUAAUUCAUCUGAAAGCAGACUUUGAUAGUUUACUUGAACUCGUCUUCAAAACUGAGUUCGUUUUUGCUCUGGCCAAAAUUUAUGCUGCACAUUGUAAACGAGAAUUGCUAGUCAAAUUUGUGGAUAGCUGUGAGUUCCGCGUGAAAAAGAUAGCGUGGAGUGGCGGAGGAGUGAGGAAUGUGAAGUUUGAGCUGCAACUGGCCGGAGAUGAAGCCACACGGACUCCGUCCGGCAAAACUCUCGUUGUAUCCAUUGGACCAGGGUUGCCCAAAGCAUCCAAGCCAAAUGUGAGCAAACCUUCGUCGAAACAGCGACCCGCCGCCGGCACACGGCGACCCAACAAGAUGCCCCCAGCGCCCAAUCGGUCAGCGCCGCUCCCGCCCGGGGGGGCAGCAGGGGGACGCCCAGGGGGCCAGGGGCGCAAACAGUACGCGGCCCCUUCACGGUCCUCGAGCAAGCAUACGAGCCCCUCCCCCUCCCGCCGAGCCCGCACCCCCCAACCAGCCUACCAUCUGGUCGCACAUCUAUGGCAACACCGGACCCGCGGUGGUACAGAAAAGAGGGAAGCGCCUAAGAAACCUCCUCCACCAACGAAAAAACCAAAUGUUAUGGCAAAACCGAAUAUACCUCGCGUGAAAGCACUGUAUAACUACUCGGCACAAGAUUUGGAUGAGCUGUCAUUCAAGGAAGGUGACAUCAUAGAUUUGAUCAAAGAACAUGAUGGAGGGUGGUGGCAGGGGAGACUGCGGGGAAAGGAGGGACUACUGCCCGCCAAUUAUGUUGAAAAAUUAUAAAAUCAUUUCUAUUACCAAAGAUUCUAUCGAAGUAUUACUAAUCAAUCACAGAGUAUACAUUAUUUAUCGUUAACUAUUAUUUUUUUAUUUUCGACCGUUAUUAAUUUUAUUUAAAAGUAGAGUAUUUUCUUUUCAAUCGAAUAUAGGAUUCAUAUUUCAACCCUCCUUAGUAAUAAUUUAAUAUCUUGUACAAAAUGCUUAGUCCACUGAUGCUUUUGGAAGAAUUAUUUCUGGAAAAGUAAACUUUUCCAAUCCAGUACAAAUUCGUAUUUCCAUAAUAUUUUAUAUUGAAUCGAAAUUGUAUUUUCAGUAUUGGCUCUCUCAUUUUUACAGUUUACCAUUUCAGAUGUUCCUUUCUAGAAAGGUUUUGAUUGCAUUUCUACUUUGGUGGUGUAUUUUGUCCAAUUAAUUAUAAUUGCUAUGACGAACUUUGAUAGUUUAAGUUGUUUAAACUGUGUGAUUUAACAACAAUAACAAUGUGAUCCUCAGAAAUUGUGAUUAAUCAAGAUAUUAUAUUAAUGAAUUAGACAAUACUUUUAAUUCUAAUUAUAAGUAGGAACGUAUUUUUGGAAAUUGUUGGCCUAGAUAUUCUAACUAAUGAUCGUUAAGUGGAGUAAAACUUAUAAUAUGAAGCCUACUUGGUGCAUAACACUCCAUGGAGAAAACAUAGGUACUUUAUCUAUUCUUAUUCUAUUAUAGUACUAAUGUGCUAUGUACUUGUAUUUUUUAUAUCAACUUCCCUCCUGAUUGAAAGUUAUUAGGAUUCUAUCAGGUAUCAGGACAGGUUCCUAAGCUUUAAUUUUACUCUAUCUACAAUCUUCCAUCGUAUUUUCAUGUCUCAAAGUAAUGCGAGCUAUUUAAGUAUCACAAUCCUACAUAGAACAAGUACUUUUAUGUUUCUUAGUUAUAUAGUUGACUAUGAUAUAUUUUUAUCGCUUUUGAUAUAAGUUAUUUACUUUUUCCUUUUAAUUCUUUUUUAUUACAAGAAGGUUGUUAAUUUUGUAGAGUGUUCAAGGUUUCUUUUGAGCCAUUGUACUUUCCGGUACAUAAGAUAACAAUCUGCAAUUUACUAUAAUGUAUUUUUCUACAUAUCAUAACAUAAUGUGAACCAAAUAUUUCAAACACAAUAAAACAUAUAAAAUAUAUUUAAUUCCCUUUCUACAGGUAUAUUCCUUUUUUGUCAGUUUUUGCCUGAUCUUGCCUUGACUUAUCAUACUUGACGUGCAAUUUCUCGAAAAAUUAAUAAUGAUAAAUUACUUAAUUGUUAUUAUUUUACUAUCCAGAUGAAUGGAUGAUUGGAUGAAAUCAACACAUUUUUUAGUCCUACACAUCAUGUUAAAAAUAUAGAAUUGAUGAAUUUAUCAUUAGAUUCACACAAUAAUAUUUGAGUUAAUAUUAUAUAGACCUAUAAAAUUACUGGUAUUAGGAUUGUUAAGUUUUCUCAACAUUAUAACUAACUAUAACUACACCAAUCGUUUUGAGAAUUUAUAAAUCGUGUUAUAAAUCAAGGAAUUUAUUUAAAUUAGUAUUAGACAUAAUGUUUCUAUAACAUUUGGCAAUAAGUAUUCAACCAGUAUAAACGAUGAGUGUUUUAAAUAAUCAGAAUAACUCACAAUAGGUAUGUCAAAUUUCCACAAUAAUUGAAAUAUUUUACUACCAAAUAUUAUUCAAUAACAAUUUCACAACCAAUUCUAAUCAAUAAAGCAUGAUUUUUCUAACAUUUUACUUUAAGUUUAUAACGUAGGCCUAUUAUAAAUCAAUUAACGUUAUUUCAGUAGAAAUAAGUACCGUGCUCACAAAAUUGUCACAAUAAUGAAUACGUUUAAUCAACAAAUAAUGUUUAAUCAACAACAUAAUGUAUGUGACUAUAGUUUAUAGAUACCGUAUUAAUGAUGAUGAUGAUGCUUGUCAAAAAUAUAGUUUUUCAGAAUAUUAUAAGAAAAUUUUCAGAUAUAAUUUGAAAAUAUCUUCUAUCUUCAGCCAAUGGUCCAGUUUUAAUUACCGUAAUCAGAAUAGCCCGCAAUUUACUAGUAGCCAAGCUUAUGAUCUGUUUCAUGAUUUAUGAAUUAAUGCAUUGUUUUAAUAAAUUAUUAGUCUAUUCUAAACUUUAUAACAUUUGAAACUCAGUGAUAAUGUUGUGUGAUUUGUAUUAUAAAGUAUAUUAUAGCCUUUGAUAUUUAAUUGGUAAUUAAAGUGCCUUAGAGAGGUGUUAAUUUUUUAUCAUGAAUCAACUUUCUUUUUUUAUCAUGAAUCAGCUAUGACAGUUUUUUUUUCAUAAACUACCAUGAAUCAAGUUGAAACUAUAACUUCAUAUUUUAUUCAUUAUUUUUAAAACGGAGGUUUUUCAUCCCAAAAUAAUGAUAUAGGUUAUUGAAAUUUUACUUUAUGGGAAUAGUUGAUUGUAGUAACCAUAAUAUACCUAAAGAUCAAAAUGGCAUUUAUCUAGUAUCAAUAAUCUCGUUUUAGGAUAUUUGAAAGACCCUAAAAAAUAUCAAUUUAUUCUUAGAAAUGCAUUUUUGGUUAUUAAUAACAACUAACUUCAACUUCAUAAUCAAUGAUGAAGAACUUGAAGAGAUUCAUUUAUAUUUUCCAUGAAAGUUGAUUGAAUAUGAUUAACUUCAUUUAUAAUGUUUGUGGAUAACUUUUUCCAUUCCUCUCCUAUUCACAAAAUUGAUCAAACUGUAGCCUAAUAUGACCUAGUUAUUGAAACAUCAGUUGGUUAUCUCUAAUUAAUACAUUUUCAAGAGUAUUAAGCUCUAAUACAUAUCCAUAUAGCUAGCUCUUUACAUGAUGGUGAACAUUGAUUACAAUUAACUACUGUAAUAUGAGUGCACUUCACUUUUUUGUGCUGGACUUUCUCUUGAAUUGUAAAUUCUCUUGUUUUUUAUAUUUUUCUUGUAAUUUAUGAACUAUGUACUUUAAUAAUUAUGACAGUGAAAAUUCUGUUUACAAUAAUUUUUGGAAAUCAUCAAGCUGAAAAGCAUAACAUAUUUAUUAAAUGUUUAAUGUUUUGUUUGAGUGUUGAAUCUUUAUAUUUUCAACUUCCAACUGAGUGAGUGUUGCCGUUCAAUAUUUUUGUAUUCAAAUGAUUGAUUGAAGUCAGGGAUAUAAAAUCGAAUUGUUCUAUCAAAAUAAGUGCCUUAUUUUGGUUUUUUGUAAUUUCAAUUUUUUGGUUUUACAAAGAUAAUUUUUGAAAAAAUAUCAAUAUGCUCUAUUUUCUUCACAUUGAACCAGUAUUAUAUUAAUAUUAUACUCUGUAGGCUUACCCAGGCUCUAAUAUUUUUCAAAUACGAAAUUGGGAUUUUCAUAAAUAAUGUUAAACUGUUGCACUUAUAUCAGUUAUUAUUCCUUAUGUAUUCUAUCAUUUGCUUAGUCAGUUAAUAAAAAUAUAUCUAGUACUUGAAACAUUACUUGAAAAAUACUGUUUAGAUUAACAACAUUGAAGAGACUUUAAAUGUGAAAAAAAUCCACUUUAUUUUAGAUUAACAAAUCUAAAUUGAUAAUAACUCUAUUGAAUAAUAUAAGAAUUUACUCAGGUUUUUGUUACUGCAAAGUAGUAUGCAUUUGUCUUAUGAAGAGAAGCUUUGCCAUACUCCUUUCAAUAAAGUUAUUAUCAUGUUUUUCGUCAUGGAAAACAACGUCUAUCUAUUAUUUUUCAUGAACAAAUUCAUACAGGAAAAUUUAGUGGAGUUGCGAUUGAUAUUGUUAAGGGCUAUGUCUGUCUUGAGAAUACUGUAAUGUAGAAUUAUGGUGAUAUUAUUGUUGAUAUUAUUAGGCCUAUUAAUGUUGAUGUUGCAAUUCACCAUCUUAUUCAUUUUGAAUGAUGAUAUUCUAAAUGUGGGACCUAUUCUCUAUAUUAAUAGAAAUAAGGAAAUAUGGUAUCAUAGAACAUUAUGUAUAUUUGGAAACUACAAAAUAAAUGUUAUAUAGUAUAAGAUAAUUCACACACUUUUUUUUAUGGUAUUUUUUCUUAUACGGUUUUUGGAAAACAUGUUUUAUUCUCUUACUCAAUACCCAAUACGUCACUGCCAAAUUAUAACAGGAAUAUUAGAGUGAAUUUAUACUAGAAAAAAUAGUACUUACAGUACAAUGAUUUGCAUUCAAAGCAUUCCAUUAUGUUUAUCAAAAUUCAAAGUGAUAAAAUUAAAUAUAUUUUUCUCUAGAAUUAUGUGAAGACUUGAACCAAACUUUAUAUAAUUGCUUCCUUUGAUAUUACUUUAUUUGGUAUCGCAUACUUUUUAUUUAUUUGUAGUAUUCAGUCCACCUGCUUUGAAUUUCGUAUUCUUGAACAAUUAUUUGCAUCAUAAGAUUGAUUGUUACUAAGUUUUAGUGCUUCACAAAGUAUAGCUAAUCAGUUUAGUUAUUGUAUCGUUAACAAUAAAAGCCCGUUCAUUACUAUUUGA